AAGGCUGCAGCGCGUGAAGGUAAACUCCAUAGUCUUCCCUCGCAUCUCCGUGGUGGUGAUCUGGAGGCCGCGGUCCGGAUGACGUCAUUGGUCACUCUAACCGGACCUCCGCCGUGGGGCUUCCGUCUCUCCGGGGGCUUGGACUUCCGGAGGGUUCUGACCAUCUCUAAGGUGAAUGUGUCCAGCAAGGCAGAACUGGCCAGUUUACGUGUGGGUGAUGUGAUAGUGGAGAUCAAUGGAGAGAGCGCAGCAAGGAUGCUUCACGUACAAGCUUAUGACAACAUCAAGAACUCAAGAACCUUGCUGAUGCUGCUUAUAGAAAGACCAAAUGCAGCCAUCUUUAGGCAGCCACAAAGUGUCGCAGUACCUCCACAAAAGCCAGCCUGUCAAAAACAGAUGUUUGCGCAAAAAGUGUCAGAAGUCAGCCGAGAUGGAUUCACAAACAUGGGGAAUGCCCAGUGCACCCCCACAGUUGUGAAACAGAGAGUCCUGCCAGCUCUGAACUCCCCAGUCAGAAAGACUUUGAAGACUGGGGGCCAACAUGAAAAAACUCAGAGCUGCGAUAGCCCCAGACAGACGUCUCCACUUCUGACUUUGGAGGUCUUUAAGGGUAGCAGACUAAGAGACACGGCCCCUCGCCAAUCCAACACCUUCAACCUGAUACAGGAAGUGCUGGAGCGAGACUAUGGAAAAUCAAGCCCGAGACCUCAAGACAUGACGCCCUCCUCAACACUGCCGCCCAGCAACCUCCCCUUUUUCAGAGUGCGGCCGUUCCGCUCAUGUGAAAGCUGCGGCACUCGGAUUGUCACGCAAGCCAUUAAGAUCAGCGAGGGGCGCUAUCGGCAUCAGGAAUGCUACACGUGUCAGGACUGUGGACUGACUCUGCUGAAGAGGGGGCACUUCUGGGUAGGAGAGCAUCUCUACUGUGGGAAACAUGCCUCUCAGAGGCAUCAGAGUCCCAGAUGAGCCGAGGAACCAACAGGAACGGAGGCCGAAUGUCUGAUGUGAUUACAUGAGUACAGAAGAUACAUGGUGAGGGUUUUUCAAUUGGCCAAACGACCAAAACGAUUCCCCUAGGUUUAAUGGAAGAGGGGGGAACUGGACAAUGUAUUAACAUUAACCAAAUAGUGGAAUUGUGUUUAUUUGACUCUAUAGGUUAAAUUGGAGCAAGAAAGGUCAAAGUAAAGUUCAAUUAAAUUAAUGUUUAUUAACAUUGAACAUUAAUUAAAUAAAUUACAAAGCAAACAUAUUAUAAAGUGAAGGUUUGAAAUCUUACCUAUUCUACCAUGAUUAUUGGAAAUCAGAGGGAGAAAGAGUAAGAGGUGAGCAAGGACAAGGAGUGGGAGAAGCCAGAGCUGAUGAAAAGCCCUCAGGAGAUCAAGAAUCUACAGAACAAUGCUUCACAAUUCCCUUUAUACCCAAUUAUUAUCUAUAGAAAAACCAAUGAGACCACAUGUUGACCUUUGCUUAUCAACACAUGACCACAAAUGCAACAGCGAGCAGUCAGGCAAAGACUCUGUUCAGCAACUCCAGUCUUUAGCAUAUGAGAGGUGGGGGCAGGGGUUUCCUCCAGCCUACAAUGGCAUUUUCAACAUAGACAGGAACCUAUGCACUUUUAUGGGACGUGCUUCUACAGAUCCAUAAGGACAUAUGGCGUGGUGUCAUUCUUCUUUGCUUAGGUUUUUUCAACAGCCAUCGCUGAGAGACCUCUUGGCAUUUGAAAAUGUGAAAUUCCCCAUUAUGUGCAGUAGGGGUCAGCCUUUACGCACUGUCUGCAAAAGCUACAGAAAAAUGGCUUGUUUGAUGAUGUGUAACUGGACCCAAACAAUAAACAACAACAGGGUGUGGACUGUCUUAAAA